AUGGAUAUGAGUUAUUCCAAUGAGAGCCAGAGGAGGUUGCUAGGCAACGGUGUGGCCCAGCCAACUCAGGACUCUGACUCUGAGGAAGAGUUUGUCCCCAAUUCAUUCUUAGUUAAAAGUGGCUCUGGGAACCUCUCCCUCCCUUCAAAUGACCAUCCACCAAGCCUGCAAAACCACCCCAGGCUCCGAACGCCUCCACCUCCUCUUUCACACGCUCACACGCCAAACCAGCAUCACGCAGCCUCCAUCAAUUCCCUAAAUCGAGGGAACUUCACCCCACGCAGCAAUCCCAGCCCUGCUCCCACAGACCACUCGCUUUCGGGAGAGCAGCCGGCCGGGACGCAGGAGUCUACGCAUGCUCAGGACAACUGGUUACUUAACAGUAACAUCCCCCUCGAGACCAGAAACAUAGCAAAGCAGACAUUGCUAGAGACAUUGCAGGACAACCUCAUUGAGAUGGACAUUCUCACCUCCUCCCGACAUGACGGUGCUUACAAUGAUGGGCACUUCCUAUUCAAACCAGGAGGCACCUCUCCCCUCUUUUGUACAACGUCGCCCGGAUAUCCUUUGACGUCCAGCACUGUGUACUCGCCUCCCCCUAGGCCCCUUCCCAGAAGUACAUUUUCUAGACCAGCCUUUAACCUGAAGAAGCCCUAUAAAUACUGUACCUGGAAAUGUGCUGCCUUGAGUGCCAUUAUCAUCUCAGUCACGCUGGUGAUAAUGCUGGCAUAUUUUAUUGCCAUGCACCUGUUUGGCCUAAACUGGCACCUGCAGCCGAUGGAAGGGCAGAUGUAUGAGAUCACGGAAGACACAGCCAGCAGUUGGCCAGUGCCAACGGACGUCUCUCUGUAUUCCUCGGGGGGCACGGGGCUAGAGGUACCUGACAGGAAAGGCAAAGGAGCCGGCGAAGGAAAACCCAGUAGUUUCUUUCCAGAAGACAGUUUUAUAGACACCGGUGAAAUUGACCUUGGCAGAAGAGCCACACAGAAGAUCCCUCCUGGAAUCUUUUGGAGAUCUCAGGUGUUCAUUGACCACCCAGUGCAUCUGAAAUUCAACGUUUCGUUAGGAAAGUCUGCUCUGGUUGGGAUCUAUGGACGGAAAGGCCUCCCUCCCUCUCACACACAGUUUGACUUUGUGGAGCUUCUUGACGGGAGGCGACUGCUUACUCAGGAGGCCAGGAGCCUGGAAGGCCCUCAGCGUCAACACAAAGUCUUCGUACCGUUGGCCAGUCACGAGACAGGAUUUAUUCAGUACUUGGAUUCGGGAAUGUGGCACCUUGCCUUUUACAACGAUGGGAAAGAAUCUGAGGUGGUCUCGUUUCUCACCACUGCCAUUGAAUCCGUGGAUAAUUGUCCUAGCAACUGCUAUGGGAAUGGGGACUGUAUUUCCGGGACCUGCCAUUGUUUCCUUGGUUUCUUGGGGCCUGACUGCGGUCGAGCAUCUUGCCCAGUGUUGUGCAGUGGAAAUGGGCAGUACAUGAAAGGCCGUUGCUUGUGCCACAGUGGAUGGAAAGGGGCCGAAUGCGACGUUCCGACCAGCCAGUGCAUUGAUGUCUCGUGCAACAGCCACGGCACGUGUAUCACGGGGACCUGUAUCUGCAAUCCGGGGUACAAAGGCGAAAGCUGCGAAGAAGUGGAUUGCAUGGACCCCACCUGCUCCGGGCACGGUGUGUGUGUGAGAGGAGAAUGCCACUGCUCCGUUGGCUGGGGGGGAACGAACUGCGAGACCCCGAGAGCGACAUGCCUGGACCAGUGCUCCGGACACGGCACUUUCCUGCCCGAAACUGGCCUAUGUAGUUGCGACCCUAGUUGGACCGGACACGACUGCUCAAUUGAGAUUUGUGCCGCCGACUGCGGAGGGCACGGCGUUUGUGUCGGAGGCACCUGCCGCUGCGAGGAGGGCUGGAUGGGGGCCGCCUGUGACCAGCGAGCGUGUCACCCCCGCUGCCAUGAGCACGGGACCUGCCGGGACGGCAAGUGUGAAUGCAGCCCAGGCUGGAACGGAGAACACUGCACGAUUGCUCACUAUCUGGAUAGGGUAGUGAAAGAUGGAUUGGUGGACUGCAUGGAUCCAGACUGUUGCCUUCAGCCUCUGUGCUAUACCAACACCCUCUGCUUGGGCUCUCCAGAUCCCCUUGACAUCAUACAGGAGAUCCAGCCUCCAGUGACCCAACAGAACCUUUACUCUUUCUACGAUCGGAUCAAGUUUCUAGUCGGCAAGGACAGCACGCACGUCAUUCCAGGAGAGAAUCCGUUCAAUGGAGGCCACCCUUGUGUGAUUCGUGGCCAGGUGAUGACAUCGGAUGGAACGCCGCUGGUUGGCGUGAACAUCAGCUUUGUCAACAACCCUCUUUUUGGCUACACCAUCAGCAGGCAAGAUGGCAGUUUUGAUCUUGUCACUAAUGGUGGGAUCUCCAUCAUCUUGCGUUUUGAACGGGCACCCUUCAUUACGCAAGACCACACCCUCUGGCUACCCUGGGAUCACUUCUUCGUCAUGGAGACCAUUGUCAUGAGGCAUGAAGAGAAUGACAUUCCCAGCUGCGACCUGAGCAAUUUUGCCCGGCCUAAUCCUGUGGUCUCACCCUCCCCUAUGACGGCAUUUGCUAGCUCCUGCUCCGAGAGAGGUCCCAUCAUACCAGAAAUCCAGGCCUUGCAAGAAGAGAUUAAAAUUUCAGGCAGCAAAAUCAAGCUGAGCUACCUCAGCAGCCGUACGUCGGGCUAUAAAUCGGUCCUGAGGAUCAGCUUGACCCACCCCACCAUCCCGUUCAACCUGAUGAAAGUCCACCUCAUGGUGGCUGUGGAGGGACGCCUUUUCAGGAAGUGGUUCGCCGCGGCCCCCGAUUUGUCUUACUACUUCAUCUGGGACAAGACGGACGUCUACAAUCAAAAGGUGUACGGAUUGUCUGAAGUAUUUGUUUCUGUGGGCUAUGAAUACGAAUCGUGUCCUGACUUGCUGCUGUGGGAGAAGCGGACGGCGGUCCUUCAGGGUUACGAAAUCGAUGCUUCCAAGCUCGGCGGUUGGUCCUUGGACACGCACCAUGCCCUCAACAUCCAGAGUGGUAUCUUGCAUAAAGGAAACGGGGAAAACCAGUUCAUCUCCCAGCAGCCACCUGUCAUAGGGAGCAUCAUGGGGAACGGGCGCAGAAGGAGCAUCUCCUGCCCAAGUUGCAACGGCCUCGCCGACGGGAACAAACUGCUGGCUCCCGUCGCCCUGACCUGCGGCUCUGAUGGAAGCAUUUACGUCGGGGACUUCAACUACAUCCGGAGAAUCUUUCCCUCUGGAAAUGUCACCAACAUACUGGAGUUAAGAAAUAAAGAUUUCAGACAUAGCCACAGCCCCGCUCAUAAAUAUUACUUGACAACGGACCCCAUUGCUGGAUCCAUCUACCUCUCCGACACCAGCAGCCGGCGCAUCUUUAAAAUCAAGUCGACGACUGUGGUGAAGGAUGUGGUGAAGAACUUGGAGGUGGUGGCUGGGACAGGAGACCAAUGCCUUCCGUUUGAUGAGACCCAUUGCGGAGAUGGAGGGAAAGCCACUGAGGCCACACUGACAAGUCCCAGAGGCAUCACAGUGGACAAAUUCGGCUUCAUAUAUUUUGUGGAUGGUACCAUGAUCCGGCGCAUUGACCAGAAUGGGAUCAUCUCAACUGUACUUGGCUCCAACGACUUGACGUCCGCUAGGCCUCUGAGCUGUGACUCAGUCAUGGACAUUUCCCAGGUGCGUCUAGAGUGGCCUACAGACCUCGCCGUUAGCCCAAUGGACAAUUCUCUCUACGUCCUUGACAAUAACGUUGUGUUGCAGAUCUCCGAAAACCACCAAGUCCGCAUUGUGGCCGGAAGGCCAAUGCAUUGCCAAGUCCCAGGGAUUGACCACUUCCUUCUCAGUAAGGUGGCCAUUCAUGCUACCUUGGAAUCGGCCACAGCCCUGGCUGUCUCUCAUAGCGGCGUUCUGUACAUUGCAGAAACCGAUGAGAAGAAGAUCAACCGCAUCCGACAGGUCACCACCAAUGGGGAGAUCUCGCUGGUGGCCGGCGCUCCGAGCGGCUGUGAUUGCAAAAACGAUGCCAACUGUGACUGUUUUUCUGGAGAUGAUGGCUAUGCGAAGGAUGCCAAGCUCAACGCUCCUUCAUCCCUGGCCGUGUGUGCAGAUGGCGAGUUGUAUGUGGCUGAUCUUGGGAAUAUCCGGAUCCGCUUCAUCCGGAAAAACAAGCCAUUCCUCAAUACGCAGAACUUGUAUGAGUUGUCUUCACCCAUCGAUCAGGAACUCUAUUUGUUCGACACCAGCGGCAAACACCUCUUCACCCAAAGCCUUACCACCGGAGAUUACCUUUACAACUUCACCUACACAGGAGAUGGCGACAUAACCUUGAUUACCGACAACAACGGAAACUUGGUCAACAUCCGGAGGGAUUCCACAGGGAUGCCGCUCUGGCUGGUGGUCCCCGAUGGCCAAGUCUACUGGCUAACUAUUGGCACCAACAGCGCCCUCAAGAGUGUGACAGCCCAAGGACACGAGGUGGCCAUGAUGACGUACCACGGUAAUUCCGGCCUCCUUGCUACCAAGAGCAACGAAAACGGAUGGACAACAUUUUAUGAGUGA